CUCUCUGCUGCUUGGCAGGCUGUGGGCUGUGGGCUGUGGCAUAUAUUCUGAGCUACCUUCUACCCUUCUUCUCUGUGGCUGUCGCUGAUUCAUCUAAUUACCAUGUCACUGUCUGCUUACAGACAGAAGAUGAGGGAACUUCCUCUCUUCAACUUGCUUUGUUCCUGCUUCAACCCUGAGCCACGCAACAAAACUCUCUAUAAAUUUGACGAUCCAGUUGAUCUGAACUGGUGCUUUAUAUCUGACAUGGAGGUGAAGGAAUUGAACAAGAGGGCUUCUGGUCUGUCCUUUGAGGUGAUCCUGAAACCACCAUCAUUUGAGGGAGUCCCGGAAUUCCAUGCCGCAUUUCCAAAGAAGAGGGAUCCAUCCCUGGAGGAGAUCCAGAAAAAGCUGGAGGCUGCUGAAGAGAGGAGGAAGUGUCAGGAGGCAGAGUUACUGAAGCAUCUGGCAGAAAAGAGGGAACAUGAACGAGAGGUGAUCCAGAAAGCCAUAGAGGAAAACAACAACUUCAUCAAGAUGGCCAAAGAGAAACUGGAGCAGAGAAAUGAGACCCAGAAGGAAAACCGUGAGGCUCAUCUGGCAGCAAUGCUGGAGCGUCUCCAGGAGAAGGACAGGCGUGCAGAGGAGGUCCGAGAAAAUAAAAGACUGAGAGCCAAUGCAGCACGAUAGAGGUUCCUGAAUUGGGACCGACUCCUGUCUGAGCAAUCCAUCGAGGGUUUAUUUGUAUAUAUUUAACCAGAAGGAACAACUCUGCUGGUUUGGGAGGGAAAGGAAACUCGAACAGGGAAAUUUAAACAAAAAAUAAAUUCCAUUCUUUAAGCUUGGCCAACUGAUCUGGUCUUGGCCCAGUUUUUUUCAUUUGUUUUUGGAAUGUGUGUUGCUGGCUAGACCAGCAUUUGUUACCCAAUCCAGAAUGAUUAUCUCAAGAGUAAUUAGGGAUUGGCAAUAAAUCUGGCCUUGUGAGAAGCACUCAUCCAAUACUGAAUAAAAAACUGUCUGGUCUGGUCUUGGCCCUGUCUGUAUUCUGAUCUCUCUGAUCAAUAUUACAGCAAUGAUUGCAAAGUGUGUUUUUUAUUCAUUACUAAAACUAACUUGCAUCUUUUAAAAAAAUAAUAAUUAAGCUAAGGAAAAGCACAAAUUACACCCAGACCUGAGAAAGCAACCCCACUCUUUAAUUUCUGCGCUUACAGUGAGAGAUUAACAACACAAACCAAUCCCACUCCCAAAUCCUUUUACAUUGGCCCAUCUCAAUCAGCAUCCUUACUUUGUACAUAUGUAUAUUUUUAAAUUAACUUUUAUUUCAUCCCUUGCUCUGAAGGAAGUCAUGUUUUUAAAUAUAUAACCUCCCCAUAUAGACACACUGCACAUACAUCCUCCGACACACUUGCCCUCUGGCACAAACCCACACCACAUACCCACACGCUGACACACACACAUGUUCUCUGACACACGCACUGACACAUGCACAUCUGCACACUCCCAUGCACUGACACGCCCACACGCACUCUGACACACAUGCAUCCCAACACAUAUGUUCACAA